AUGAUUUAAGAAAGCUAUAGCUUAUUGAGAAGAAGCAAAAAAGUGGUAAGUUUCUGCAUUCAGUACGAUACAUAAAUUGCAAUAUCUCAUGUUAAAAAUAUGAUACCAAUUCUAAGAAAAAUUUCAAACUUAACCCUACUUGAAAAAUGGUGAUUGUUUAUAUUGAUUAUUAAAGGAUUGAAUAAUAUACUUAAUUGAUUAAAGAUUUAAUCUCAAAGUUUAAAGAUGAAUAAAUACCGAAUAUUUAUGAAAACUUCAGUUUAGUCAUUCCAAGAUAUAUAUCCUUUUUCACAUAAUUUGACAAUAACCUUAGAAAAUUAUGGAGAUUUGGAUAAUAAUGA